GCCAUUCAGCGCUCUGUGGAGGAAACUAAGGCAAAGAGAAAUGACCACUUGGGACCAGGGUCCUGGCUGCCUACUCUGGGUCACUACACCCUCCUUGCAGCCUUGGCGACUCCAGAGCAGCUUUCUCGAUCACUCCCUCCCUUCCUCCCUCCCUUCCUCCCGGCGGCCGCGGCGGCGCUGGGAAAGCGGCGAAGAGGAGUGGCCCUGCCCUGGAAGAAUGCGGCUCUGCCGAGGGGGCAGAACCCGACGCAGUCUCCCCACAGUUUGAGCAGCCCGAGCCCAGGCGACCCGAUCCCGCCGGUCGCGGACCCUGCACCAGAGCAGCUGGAGGCCCUGAUCAAUUUGCCCACCGGCGCCUUCGGGCCCGGGCUUCGACAUGCCGGAGGAGCCCCGGCCGCGGCCUCCGCCCUGGGGCUUCGUGGGUCUCCUGUUCCUGGCCUUGUGCAGUCGGGCUCUAAGCAAUGAGAUUCUGGGCCUGAAGUUGCCCGGCGAGCCGCCGCUGACCGCCAACACCGUGUGCUUGACGCUGUCGGGCCUGAGCAAGCGGCAGCUAGGCCUGUGCCUGCGCAGCCCCGACGUGACAGCGUCCGCGCUUCAGGGCCUGCACAUCGCUGUCCACGAGUGUCAGCACCAGCUGCGCGACCAGCGCUGGAACUGCUCGGCGCUCGAGGGCGGCGGCCGCCUGCCGCACCACAGCGCCAUCCUCAAGCGCGGUUUCCGUGAGAGUGCUUUUUCCUUCUCCAUGCUGGCUGCUGGGGUCAUGCACGCGGUAGCCACGGCCUGCAGCCUGGGCAAGCUGGUGAGCUGCGGCUGCGGCUGGAAGGGCAGUGGUGAGCAGGAUCGGCUGAGAGCCAAACUGCUGCAGCUGCAGGCGUUGUCCCGGGGCAAGAGUUUUCCCCACUCCUUGCCCAGCCCAGGCCCUGGCUCAGGCUCCAGCCCUAGCCCCCAGGACACAUGGGAAUGGGGUGGCUGUAACCAUGACAUGGACUUUGGAGAGAAGUUCUCUCGGGAUUUCUUGGAUUCCAGGGAAGCUCCCCGGGACAUCCAGGCACGAAUGCGAAUCCACAACAACAGGGUGGGGCGCCAGGUGGUGAAUGAAAAUCUGAAGCGGAAAUGCAAAUGCCAUGGCACGUCAGGCAGCUGCCAGUUCAAGACCUGCUGGAGGGCCGCCCCGGAGUUCCGGGCAGUGGGAGCAGCAUUGAGGGAGCGUCUGGGCCGGGCCAUCUUCAUUGAUACGCACAACCGCAACUCUGGAGCCUUCCAGCCUCGCCUGCGUCCCCGUCGCCUCUCAGGAGAGCUGGUUUACUUUGAGAAGUCUCCUGACUUCUGUGAGCGAGACCCCACCGUGGGCUCCCCAGGCACGCGGGGCCGGGCCUGCAACAAGACCAGCCGCCUGCUGGAUGGCUGUGGCAGCCUGUGUUGUGGCCGUGGGCACAACGUACUCCGGCAGACACGAGUUGAGCGCUGUCAUUGCCGCUUCCACUGGUGCUGCUAUGUGCUGUGUGAUGAAUGCAAGGUCACAGAGUGGGUCAACGUGUGUAAGUGAGGGGCCUCUCACCGCAGGCUGGGGGAAGGGAGGGGCAUUGUUCAGCCUUUUGCUCUGAUUUCUGUCCAAGGUCAAUCUUGUCCCCCGGAAGUUCAAAGUGUCUACCUAGAAACAGCUUUGGGGGUGGCAGGGGUCAGAUGGAGUCUGUGACGUGUGGCCGUCUUCCCCACAGUCGGAGGUCCGUGAGAGGAAGAUGUCACCCCUCUUCUCCUUAAACACCUGAAUGGACUAAGAUGAAAUGCACUGUAUUGCCCCCCUCUUCCCAACUCGGGGCUCCCUUUAACUCUGACUCAUACUCCUUCUGGGAGUCCCUGUAGUUCGACCACGCUUCUCCUUUGAGGGCUAGCCCCAGGCAUUGUGUGGAGCCAUGAGACCUGUAUCCAGACAGACCACUCACUCCAUUUGCUGUUCCCAAACUCCUCUAUUGCAGCCUGAGCCCCCUCUUGUGGGGUAAUGGGAGACAGAGAGGUUUUUCUUAGGGAAGGAACAGAGUGCUGGAGUACUCUCCCUUGAGUCCUCCGAGUCCUCUGUUCAGGCCUUUAGAGAAGCUGUCUUCCCUCAUUCAGAUGGUAAAGGGGACCCUUCAAAGGAAGAGUUUUACCUACAACUCUCUGAGCCUCUUUUUCUUUCUUCAGCAGGAGAGGUGGGAAUAGAUAAUUUAUUGUACUGAGACUUGUUCUUGGUUCCUGUUUGUAACUAAAAUAAAUUAAGUUUCUGGAACGGUGGACGCAGAUGGUGAUAUUUCUGCCCACACGUGGGAUCCCAGUCCAUGCUUAUUAUCCAGGUGAAUUCUCCUACUCUCUUACACUCAAUGACUUUAUUUACAUAUAGAGGCCUGUUUCCACAAAGGAUUUGAAAUGGUCCUCAGUGACUUAGUUAGCAACUUGGAGUGUGAAAAACCAGGGGAGGCUUCUAGGUGUGAGGGGCUAGCGAUCCAAACAUAGGCUGUAUUUACUCUGUGUGCCUCAACUCCAGAUUUUGCGUUGGUCACUGCCCUAGAACAAGGACCGGCUUUUUUUUUCCUUGUAAAGGUCUUGAUAGUAAACAUACUAGGCUUGUGGGCU